AUUCAGAGCGAUCAGUGCAAUGGGCCCUGUUCCCCUGUGUCUGCUGCUUCCUGUGACCCUCCUAUUGGCCGUGACGGCGGCGCAGGAGGAUGACCUCACCUGGCCGCAGGGGCCGGUUCCGCUGGUGAGGAGCAGGCGCACCGUUCCCCUCGACUCCCCCGGCUUCACCGCCCGGCCACACCCCCGGCAGAGCCCUGCCUGCGGCAUCGAGUGCCAGCGCGACCUCCCCGAGCCCUCCCUCGACCAGCUGGAGGAGCUGCUGUCCUACGAGACCGUGUACGAGAACGGCACUCGCACCCUGACCUCCGUCUCCCUGCAGAGGCUCAACGACAUCCCUUUCUGGCCUGGGAACACCUCCUCCUCCUCCAGGUUGCGGCAGAGACGAGAGGUGUACGGCAUGGACACGCGCUUCACCAUCGCCGACAAACACUUCUCCACCAAGUACCCCUUCUCCACCACCGUCAAGAUUUCCACCGGCUGCUCCGGGGUGCUGGUGUCCCCCAAACACGUGCUGACCGCCGCCCACUGCAUCCACGACGGGCGGGACUACCUGGCGGCGGCGCAGAAGCUCCGUGUGGGGGUGCUGAAGGAGAAGAGGGGAAAGAGAGGGAAGGGGAGAGGAGGAGGAGGUCGAGGGAAAGGGAAGAGGAGAAAGGGGGACGAGGAAAAGGAGGAGGGAGAAGAGAAGGGAGAUGAGAAGGGAGGGUAUGGAGGCGAGAGGCGAGGGAAAGGGAAGGGUAGGAAAGGUCGGAGCCGCCGCAGCGCCAAGGCCGGCAAGUCGUCGUUCCGCUGGACGAGCGUGAAGCAGACCCAGGUCCCCAAGGGCUGGUUCAGGGGCGUGGCCGACAGCGUGGCGGCGGACUACGACUAUGCCGUCCUGGAGCUGAAGAAGAGUCAGAAGCUCCGCCCCAUGGACCUGGGCGUGGUCCCCUCGGUCCGCAAGCUGCCCGCCGGACGGAUCCACUUCUCAGGCUUCGACGACGACCGGAACGAGGACCUGGUGUAUCGCUUCUGCUCGGUGUCGGAGGAGUCCAACGACCUGAUGUACCAGCACUGCGACGCCAAGUCGGGCUCCAGCGGUUCGGGGGUGUACGUCCGGCUGAAGGAGCCCGGGAAGAAGGCGUGGAAGCGGAAGGUGAUCGGGGUGUUCUCCGGGCACCAGUGGGUGGACGUUAGCGGGAACGGAGCUCAGCAGGACUUCAACGUGGCGGUCAGGAUCACGCCCCUGAAGUACGCCCAGAUCUGCCUCUGGGUCCACGGAGACUCGAGCCAGUGUCGCCACGUCUGACGAGGCAAACGGUCUUCUCCUCUCUUCCCCUACUCUCUUGUCCUCCUCUCUCCUCUCCUCUCCUCUCCACUCCUUCUCUGUCCUCUCUUCUCCUUCUAUCCUCUCCUGUCUUCUCACCCCUCCCGUCACCUCCUUCUCUCCUCCUCUCUUCUCCCUCCUCUUUCUAUCCUCCACACACGCACACACACGCACAAACACACGCACACACAAACACACACAAACAUACAGACUCGCUAUUGAGACUAACAGGAACUUUGGCUGUUCAGCUCUUUUAACUUAUUUGAUGAUCAAAAUCAAGCAGUCUGACACAAAACCAUCCUGUAUCAGUUUGUUGAUGUUGAAAGUUUUUCAUCUGACAGAUUUUGACACAUCGUUGAACAGGUUCUGGAUAUGCCGCUGUCUCUUGUGACGUCCAUGACUUCCUGUUAUCCGUCUUGGUUUUCCCAUGAGAGAAAAUGCCACAUCUGGACUCUUUCUCUGAGUUGUACAAAGAGGCUUUAGCAUCCGCAUUUUGUGGACGACCCAGAAAAAAGUUGUUUUUUUUCCUGAGAAAUUAUCAUUAGAUAUAUUGAGAUUUUGAUAACUGUUUUUUUAAGUAUUUCAUAAAUCAAAUUGCUGGUGGUUUAAGUGGUGUAUAUCUAGAUCUUUGAGUGUAAUGUCCCUUUUUUACAAGUACUUUUUUAUCGGAUAUUUCUGUAAAGCUUUGUUUGAGGAAACCCUUGCAGGUUUGUCUGUAGGUCCCAAGCCAACUCUGGACAAACACCCACUAACUCCAACCCUAACCUGUCUUCGGUGUAAUAGUGUAGUUGAGUUUCUGUCGACUAUGGAUAGCCCACCUCAAAUGGAGGACUGAGAGAUGCUUGUGAGACCAGCUAGUGAAGGGCUCGGCCUUGUGUGGGAGUCUGAACAGAACCCCCCCCAGCAAAGGAACACAGUUCACCAUUGUGAUGCAUGAACAAAUCAUGGUGCUUCUCUAAAACUUGGUGCUAUGCUAAUACGAGCAGACCUAUCAGGAUAUCGUUCUGAUGGCUUGGUACUGUCACUAUGUACUGUAUUUAGGGUGAGGUUAUGCUGUGGCUAAGACACAGACCAGGCUAAACCUGUAGAGAUUCCUGUCACUAAAUCUAUGGUUGGUGGACAUAUUCUUACCUGUAGGGGAUUUGAACAACCCUCUCAAGCCUGAACGUCAAAUGUUCUUAUGUUGCCAUCGGCAUAAUAAUUUGUAUGGAUUUGCUAUUGAUGACCAAAGACAUGAAAUGAGAUGUCACAUUCAAUGAAAACAAAUAAUAAUUAAACUUGGAUGUCUACCUGUA